UCCAGACUGCGCGCGCGGCUCUCGGAGCAAUCGAACUGUCUCCGGUACUUUUCUGAACGCCUGUACACCUUCAGUCUAAGGGCUGGGGAUAAGGGAGAGAGGAGCAAGAGGCCCAGUUUGGCUCUAAAGAAGAAACUAGUUCUGUUUUUCACUUAUGGCUUUGUUGUAGUAACAACAAUUUACCAACAACACACCGUUAUUUUUUGGGGGGUGAUAUCUGGAAGGAAAAGAACCCACGUUUUGUUCUGAAAGGCGGCCGUUUUUUUUUCAGAAGCUUUGUGGCGCUGAGUGAGAGACCAUGGAGAUGCAAAUAUGGUCCACAAGGUGGAAAACCAAAAGGUGGCUUUUGAAUCCCACUCUAACCACCAUCGUCACUCUCACUGUCCUUCUGCAAGCCGUCAAUGUCCAAUCAGCUGCCCCAGUGGAUGUACUCAAGGCUCUGGACUUCCACAGCUCCCCGGAUGGCGUCCGUAAAGCUACGGGAUUCUGCGCUCACCGGAGAGGAUCUAAACCUGACGUAGCCUUCCGUGUGGGGAAGAAGGCCCAGAUCAGCGCUCCCAGCAAGCAACUCUUCCCAGGAUGGGCGUCAAUAAAGACACGCCUUAAAUUCUGA